UAAUAUGAACCAUGAUUUAUAGAAAUGGCGAGGCGGAGCAUGUUGACGAAAUAAUUAAAAAUCAAUCAAGGUAACUAGUGAGUAGACUACACAGGACUCGAGAUACUUUACAGGUGACUUCUGUAAACGAGAAAAACAGGAUUUCGUGAACAAUGAGGCUCUCCAACUCUCAUGAACCAUUCAGCUGAGUUAUUGCGUUUGUUUGUCAUUUCCAUUCGGAGUCACUGAAGAUCAGGUUCUGUUUCAACUGUUCAGCUUCAUCAUGGAAGAGACAGAAGACACAUCCAGAGAUGAAGAUUUAUCUCCAGAAUGCAGUUUAGAGCAUCAGAAGAGAUCAGAAUCAGAGCCCAGCUGUGUGUCUGUGAGGAGCGAUGGAUCUUUGAAUAUGCUUGUAAAAUUUAAGAAUGAAGAUACACUGACUGAUCAAAGUUCAGUUCAUCAGAAGAGAUCAGAGUCAGAGUCCAGCUGUGCGUCUGUGAGAAGUAAUGAGUCUAAGAAUAAUCCACUACAUUUUAAGAGUGCAGAUACACAGACUAAUCUCAGUUUAGAGCAUCAGAAGAGAUCAGAACCAGAGCCAAGCUGUGAGUCUGUGAGAAGUGAUGAGUCUAUGUGUCCUCCAAUACAUUUAAAGAUUAAAAAUAAACAGACAGAUGUAAGCCAUGUCCAAGUCCAAGUCCUCAACACAUUUAGAUCAAAUCUGAUGAAGAAGUUUGAGCGUCUGUGUGAGGGAACAGCGAAGCAGGGAAACCCAACACUCCUGAAUGAGAUCUACACAGAGCUGUACAUCACAGAGAGUGAGGGUGGAGAGAUCAGUAAUGAACACGAGGUGAGACAGAUUGAGACACAAUCCAGGACAGCAACAGAGGACACAGCGAUCAAAUGCAGUGACAUCUUUACAGCUUUACCUGGACAAGACAAACCCAUCAGAACUGUUCUGACAAAAGGAGUCGCUGGCAUUGGAAAAACAGUCUCUGUGCAGAAGUUCAUCCUGGACUGGGCUGAAGGACAAGAGAAUCAGGACGUCCAGCUCAUAUUUCCACUUCCUUUCAGAGAACUCAAUCUGAUGAAGGACAAAACACUCAGUCUUUCAGAUCUUCUUUAUGUAUUUUUCCCUGAAACAAAAGAAAUGGAAAUAUCUAAUGACAAAUAUAAAGUGUUGUUCAUCUUUGAUGGUCUGGACGAGUGUCGUCUGUCUCUGGAUUUUCAGAGUGAUGUGAGGUUGUGUGAUGUAAGUGGAUCAGCAUCAGUGGACGUGCUGCUGAAGAACCUCAUUGUGGGGAAUCUGCUUCCCUCUGCUCUCAUCUGGAUCACCUCCAGACCAGCAGCAGCUGAUCUCAUCCCCUCUGAGUGUGUCCAUCGAGUGACAGAGGUACGAGGCUUCAAUGAUCCACAGAAGGAGGAAUACUUCAGGAAGAGAAUCAGAGAUCAGAGUCUGGCUGAUAGGAUCAUCUCACACCUGAAGUCUUCAAGGAGUCUCUACAUCAUGUGUCACAUCCCAGUCUUCUGCUGGAUCUCAGCCGCUGUUCUGGAGAAGAUGUUGAGUCAAGCAGAGAGUGGAGAGAUUCCCAAGACUCUCACUCAGAUGUACACACACUUCCUGAUCCUUCAGAUUAACAUCAAACAUGAGAAGGACUAUGAGAAGAACGUGACAGAUGAAGACAUGAUCCUCAAACUAGGUAAAGUGGCUUUUCAGCAGCUUGUGAAAGGCAACCUGAUCUUCUAUGAGGAAGACCUGAGAGAUUGUGGCAUUGAUGUGACAGAAGCAUCAGUUUACUCAGGAUUGUGCACUCAGAUCUUCAGAGAGGAGUUUGGCUUUUAUCAGGGGAAGGUCUUCUGCUUUGUUCAUCUGAGCAUUCAGGAACAUCUCGCAGCUCUAUAUGUGCACCUCUCCUGUACAAACCACAACAUAAAUGUGUUUGACCAAAUCACCAAACAGAGUUUGAUGUCAAAAGUUCAAAAACAGAAGUCAUUAGAUGCUUCUUUAGCUGCUCUGCAUCAGAGUGCAGUGAAUGAGGCUCUGCAGAGUAAAAAUGGACAUCUGAAUCUUUUCCUGCGGUUCCUUUUGGGUCUGUCAGUGGAGUCUCAUCAGAUUCUCCUACAAAGACUAAUGAAACAAAAUAUAACAAAAAACAGCUCUGACAGCAGACAAGACACAAUUAAGUACAUCAAGGAGAAGAUCAAGACCAUGUCCUCUCCCAAAAAGUCCAUCAAUCUGUUCCACUGUCUGAAUGAACUGGGUGAUCAUUCACUAGUGGAGGAAAUACAACAGUAUCUGAACUCUGGAACAGUAAAUAAAGCCAAACUCUCUUCGUCUCAGUGGUCAGCUGUAGUUUUUGUGUUGUUGACAUCAGAGAAAAAGCUGGAUGAGUUUGAUAUUAAUAAAUUUGCCGAAGGAAGCAAUGAUACCAAAAAACUAGAAGUAUUUAAGAAACUGCUGCCUGUGAUUAAAGAAGCCAGAUCAGUUCGGUUGUAUAAUUGUGGUCUCACAGAUGAAGGUUGUGCUGCUCUGACUUCAGCUCUGAGAUCACACCCUGAACACCUGAGACAACUGGACCUGUCCUGGAAUAAACUAGGAAAUUCAGGAAUCACACGGAUAUCUACUAUACUCAAGGAUUCUCACUGUAAACUGGAGAAACUAGAGUUGAGGAAAUGUGGUCUCUCAGAUGAAGGUUGUGCUGUUCUGACUUCAACUCUCAGAUCAAACCCUGAACACCUGAAAGAACUGGAUCUGUCUUGGAAUAAAAUAGGAGAUUUGGGCGUAAAGCAUCUCUCUGCUGGACUUAAAGAUCCUCACUUUAAACUGCAGAAACUGGAGUUAAGGUGUUGUGGCAUCACAGUUGAAGGAUGUGCUGCUUUGGCUUCAGCUCUGAAAUCAAACCCUGAACACCUGAGAUAUGUGAAUCUGUCUGGAAAUGAACUACAAAAAUCAGAAGUGAAGUGUCUCUCUGAUCUAAAGGAUAAUCCAGUUUAUAAACUAGAGAAACUAUACACUUGACUCUCAGUAUAUAAACGUCAGUCCGGUUUUCUCAGGAUCAGCUGAUGGUGAAUAAAGAGCUUCAACAGAGACUCAAGACACAGACACACAGCAAUCAUACUGUCAUGUGUGUGUGACUUCACAUCAGUUUUGUUAUUUUUACAUUUUAUGGACCAGUUCUUUUGAAACACCGAUGUCAUUUUAUGUUCAGAUGUCAUCAGAUAUCAUUAUAUUUAAGUGAUGGUUGGUGUAUAAGUGUUGAAAAGCAUCAUCUGCAAUUUGGAGGUUUUUAUACUGAUUGUGUAGAUGCUGUAGCAUGCAAUUUACACUACAAGUUGUGACAAAAAAACAACAUUAAAAUCAACUAGUAAUAGACAUGGUGUAAAUAAGAGGUUUAUAGUGGAAUCUAGCUUUCAAAAAACACUUAAAUGAUCUGGUUUCUAUCAAGUUAUUGUAUACUGGUAUAAGUUCACUAAAGCUGUUUGGACUAACCACUUAUUUAGAAUUAAGUUGAUCUUUUCGGUUUAAUGGAAAAAGGUGUAUAUUUUAUUGUCCAGCAUCUAUUUGUUAUUCAUUUAAAUGUUCUGUCGACCUAAUCAGGAUGGAGAGUUUUACAGAAGGCAUAGCUUCAAGUAUCAUUAUAGAUGUAUUCAAAAGUCUGUUCUUCUAAUAAUAAUAAUAAUAAUAAUAAUAUGACUGUUAUUCACUUUACAUCACUAACAAGAAAUGGGUGUGAUUCUGCAGCUGAUAAAUUUAAAUGAAGUUUACUGACAAAUUAUUGUGAUGCUUGUCAAAACUAUGAUUUUUAUGAUAAUGGAAGAUUUUUUAUUUCAGGAAAAGUUUACAUUGUAUAUAUGCAUUUUAAAUGUUAACCACUUGUAUCUGUUUCAUUUAAUAGAAGAUACUCCAACUACCAGAACUUUUGGCUUCUGACUACAGUUUAUUUUUAUUUUCAUUUUGGAUUUACAUAAAUUUUUUAAACAAACUUUUCCAGCAGUGUUCAGUUACUGAAAAGUGCUUUGUAUGAGAGUAGAACAGAAUAAAUGCAUGCAAUAAAUAACUAACGAUAAAGAAAGCUUUUUUUUAAACACAUAAUUAUGUAAUAACCAUUAUGAGUGCAGGCUAGCAAAAUAUCAAAAAGUACUUCACUUGUAUAUUUGUUUAUUUUUAUUCAUGUGUCAUCCCAAUGAGCUGGGGUCCUCCUAAAUACCUA